GGUAGAGCGAGGCAGGGAGGUUGACGUGCAGGAUGCUGUGUCCAGCUGCACGGUGCAACAUUAAGUCGGAUCAGCGCCAAUCCUCUCCCUCAGCAUCAUUAUCAUCAUCAGUCAACAUGCGUGAAGUCACUUGAGCGUCUCCUGUCCGGUGGCCGGUGUUCCUCCAGCAACUCGAUCUCUUCGCUCCUCCCUUAAGGAAUUUAUGAGCUUUGCUCAGUGCUUCACCUUGCAGCAGAACACAUUAAAGGCUAAUGGAUUCCACGCGUCAGAAACCACCCAAAUUGCAACCUGGACCACAUGACCCAAAACCGGGUCCACUUCGUGCACUACCUGUCAGCUCAUCUGAGCUGGACUACCAAGCAAUCAAGUCCGGGUCAGCACCGGUGACGCUGGUCGGAAUAAGCCGACCGAGACCCACUGCCCUCAGGACUAAAUCCGCUACCAAGAAUGUAGAUUUGAUCCCGGCUUGCAUCCCGGGACCGCAUAGCGCCAACGUCUCGCCUCGGUCCCCGUCUGAGUCCGUGGUGUCUCCUCACAGUCCUCAGGCAUCCCUGAACCCAAACUCUAGUCUGAGUCCCUCACCGCCUGCCAAUACGACACGAGCCAAGGAUGAUAGCAGUGACUUCAGGGUCCACAUCGCCACAUGGAACGUGGGCUCGGCCGUCCCGCCGGAUGACAUCAGCGCGGUGUUCGGACACGACGUGUCAGAUGGGACCGUCGACAUGUUUGUCAUCGGGCUCCAGGAGGUGAACUCCAUGAUCAACAAACGACUGAAGGAUGCUCUUUUCUCAGACCAGUGGAGCGAGCUCUGUAUGGACACGCUCAGUCCCUUCGGAUACGUUCUGGUGGCAUCCCAGCGGAUGCAAGGUGUGCUGCUGCUAGUCUUCUCCAAAUUUGUCCAUCUUCCGUUCCUCCGUGGCGUGCAGACACAGAGCACUCGCACAGGACUCGGCGGGUGUUGGGGCAACAAAGGCGGCGUGAGUGCCAGGAUGACCGUGUUUGGACACCCCGUGUGCUUCCUCAAUUGCCAUCUGCCUGCUCACAUGAGGAACCUGGAGCAGCGGAUGGAGGACUUUGAGAGCAUCCUGCAGCAGCAGCAGUUUGAAGGAGGGGCUGCCACUGGGGUGCUGGAUCACGACGUCGUCUUUUGGUUUGGAGAUUUGAACUUUCGAAUUGAAGAUUAUGAUAUCCAUGUGGUGAAAUGCGCCAUUGAUAGCAAUAAGCUGCCUCUGCUGUGGGAGAGAGAUCAGCUCAACCUGGCUAAAAGCACAGAAUCCAUCCUGGAAGGCUUCACGGAGGGUCCGCUCAAAUUCCCGCCCACGUAUAAGUUUGAUGUGGGCACCCACACCUAUGACACAAGCGCGAAAAAGAGGAAGCCCGCGUGGACCGAUCGCAUCCUGUGGCGCCUCCGUCGCACCGGCUCCCCUGUUCCUACCCACAACGCGGCACUUCAGAGGGGCCUGACCUCAUGGCUGGGUGGCGCAACCAAAGUGACGCAGCACGAAUACAAAAGCCACAUGGGCUUCACCAUCAGUGACCACAAGCCUGUGUCGGCCCUGUUUUCCCUGCAUUUUCCCUUCAGGGUUGACAUGCCUUUGGUGGAGCUGCAGGCCAACAAGGAAUGGCUGAAAGUCUCCGAUGCAACAGUAAAGUUCACGUUUGCUUCCAAUUAUCAUCGCAGCUCAUGGGAUUGGGUAGCCAUAUACAAGGUGGGAUUUAGGCACCAUAAAGAUUACCAAGCAUAUGUGUGGGCCAAAGGGGAGCACGCUGGGCAGGUGUCAUUUUCAGAGGAGGACUUACCAAGAGAUGAUUGUGAAUACAUCCUGGGUUUCUACAGUAAUAAUAUGAACAGUAUUGUUGGAUUGUCAACAAACAUUCAGAUUAAGCUUCCGAUCCACAGCCCGUCGGCACACCGUUCCGACAGCUCCGAGGUGAGCUCGGAAGACGACAGCACCGUGGUCCUGUUAGCGCCCAACUCCCGCAGCCCCAGCCCGAAACCUAUUAAGCAUCAUCACUGCCGUCGCAGCCGCAGCCCCGCCGUGGCGUCCAACUCCCUCCCGUCCCUGCAAGGGCUCAGCUUGUGCCCCCUUCCCAAAGAGACGGGCAGCCGCUCACCCGGCUGUAAAAAAGAACGACUGUUCUCCACCGGCUCGCAGUCGUCUCCGGCCAUCAGCCCGCUCAGUCCCCGGAGCCCCGUGUCCCCGGGCGGAGGGGUUACGGCACCGGAAGCCCUGAUCGUUGCCAUUUUAGGGGAGCACAGGCCUGCUCAGGUUAGCCCCACGGGGCUCAAACAUCUCGGAAGCAACACUUCAUAGAGGAGAUGGACAGUAAUGUAGUAUGUGUGCGAAAUCACUCGAUCCGGGACUUACAUCGCAAUAAUAACUGCUUUUAUAGCACCAUCCGCUCCAGUGUGUAGAAACACACGCAACGAAUGUGAGGCCAGUAGACAGUCGAAAUAUGGAUCGGUUGUAUCGAUUGAUUGGAGAUAGUUUGUGUGUCUAUUGUUUUCAGCCAAGUAUAAAACAUUCGGGAUUAGGUUCUUAGUAGCUGGGUCAUUCCAAAAUUGGAGGACAUUUUCACGGGUCAGUACAGUGGACAGCUAGUCACAAGUCUUUCUUCUGCAAAAACAUCACAACACUGACGGGAAAUACAAGAGAAGUUAAGCAAUUUGAUUUAUUUAUUUUUAAUCUUUAAAAAUCCGAUUUUGCAGUUUAAUGAUCAAAGAAAUGAAUCAAAUCAUUUCAAGAGGUUUAUUUUAGGGCUGUCAAAUUUAUCGCGUUAACGGGCGGUAAUGAAUUUUUUCAAUUAACCACGUUAAAAUAUUUAACACAUUUAACGCAUGCUGUUUUCCGAAAUUUCCAGGUUCGCUGUGAGUCAGCAAAAGGCACACUUUUGCGAAAUAUACGAUGUUUAUUGAUUAGAAAAUGAAGGAUAAAUGAGAUUUAUUGAUUACAAUCACACAAGAGCAAUCAAACACACAUCAAAACAAGAACAAGUGGUAACGAUGACGCUAGAUCUAGCUUGUCAAUCCCAGAAUCCCCGCACUACCGUUACAGCACAGCGAGAUGUUCCUUAGCAAUGAAAAUCGCUUAGCGUGACAAAUGAGCGGGGAGCCAAUGCUCCGGUAAAACGGCGGAGGAACAAAGCUGAGCGAUCCAUACGUGAUCCUCCAGCGGACUUCGCGGGUCGCCCGGAAAUGUCCGGUUCUUGUAGGAACGCGCCCCGUGGGGGCGGGGACGGCCAACCCCCGCCCCCAGAAGGCGCGCACCCCGCCCAAUGACAAAUAUUAAAGCUACUUUUGGUUCAGCCCCUUGAAAAAGGGCUUCUCACAUGGUAGCAAGCUGUGCUGUCCUGGCAACAGAUGUUCUGUCCCUGCGGUAAAUAUUAUGGGUGCAAAACAAGUUAUCUCGUGAGAUUCCCUCCUAACUAUGGAACCCAAGCGCUUACUAUGGUGCAAAACAAGUUAUCUCGUGAGAUUCCCUCCUAACUAUUGAACCCAAGGUGAAAAAUAAUAACAAGUUGUUACAAUCUAGGUCACAGAGGCAAUCAUACAUCACAAAGGCAUAAUGUGCUAAUGUUAAGGCAUAACAUAAUAUUUUCCCUCAUCACAUGCACGGAACGACCCACUCACGCAUUGCCGCAAACAGACUACAAUGGCGCCGUUUUACGUAUAUUGAGAGCUACGAGGCAGAGACAAACGAGUGGAGUGGAAUUAGGCAUUCUUUGGGGCCGUUCUAUUUAUUGGCAAAAGCUUUGGCAUCUCUUCCACAUCAAUUAUAACUAUUGUGGCGAGCUACGUGGAGAAGAAUGACAGGAGAUGAUCUUUUUCUUUUUCUUAACACCGUGUAUUGAAAGCAACACAGAGAAGAUAUACGAUUUGCAGCCACCACUGAUAGUCAUGGUUGCCCAACUUCCCCGUCAUGCAUUUGGGCAAACUAUAUUCAAAGUUUUCGUUUAGCUUAACAAAUACACUAGAUGGCAAUAUUUAGUCACAAUAUACAAACUAACAUUUAUCUUUUAAGAAUUACAAGUCUUUCUAUCCGUGGAUCCCUUUCACAGAAAGAAUGUUAAUAAUGUUAAUGCCAUCUUGUGGAUUUAUUGUUAUAAUAAACAAAUACAGUACUUAUGUACAGUAUGUUGAAUGUAUAUAUCCGUCUUGUCUAAUUUUUCCAUUCCAACAAUAAUUUACAGAAAAAUAUGGCAUAUUUUAGAGAUGGUUUGAAUUGCGAUUAAUUACGAUUAAUGAAUUUUUAAGUUGUGAUUAACUCGAUUAAAAAUUUUAAUCGUUUGACAGCACUAGUUUAUCUGUAAUAUUAUAGAUUUCUCUUCAAGAAUCCAAAGUCAAGUUAGCUAUUAUCAGGGUGAAAGUGGCUAGAAUUUCUUACCGGAACUCCCUGACAUGAAUGGAGCCAGAAUUUUUAUUUUUUUUUUCCUUUGGGGGGUCAUCAAAUCUGCUAAAACCACUGAAAUGCAGAUAAAAUAUAUAUACUGUAUAUAUUUUUGUAAAAGUUAACAAAAACAGCAGUAACCCCAAGCUCCAUCUCAUAAUUUUUAUUUUCCCUCAUUUCCUCACAUCUAAAUGCAAAACCUCAAUUUUAACUACUUAAGAACAUUGGAUGUACAUUAAAAUUGAAGCUAAUGUUUUUGUGCUUAAUCCUACUACAGGAUGACGCCAAUUCACUGUCUAAAAAAACUCAAUAUACAUAUUUUUAUAUGGUACUUCAUUCAUUGCAUGCCAUGGAUUGCGAUAGACGUCCAAUUAAUUCAAACCGGAAAGACUAGCUGUGGAUGCUCAUGUUUCAGCCAAUAUUUAAAUGAGUGAUCUGUUAGGCAACCAAAAAGUCAAUAUUUGUGCAUGAAAAGGUUAAUUGAUUUUUUUUUAAAAUGCUGUUUCUGAGGAAAUAGUCCUGAGACCAAAUCUAAAAAAAAAAUAAUAAGAGAAAAUAAUGCUUGAAAUAACCUUAAACAUACCAAAAAAAAGUUCUCUUGUACCCUCUCUUCCUCCGAAGAAUCUACAUUUGUUUAAAUAAACUUAAUACAGUGUAUCACAAAAGUGAGUACACCCCUUGCAUUUCUGGAGAUAUUUAACUAUAUCUUUUCAUGGGACAACACUGACAAAAUGACACUUUGACACAAUGAAAAGAAGUCUGUGUGCAGCUUAUAUUAUAGAGUUAAUUUUCCCACUCAAAAUAACUCAAAAUAUAGCCAUUAAUAUACAGUGCCUUGCAAAAGUAUUCGGCC